GUUGGAGACGGUGGUGGGGGCGACGAGGCACACCUGGCGAUAGAGGGGAAACAAUUACGCGUCCAUAGGAGAGGAGGCGCGGAGAGGAAAUAGGAAGAGGAAGUUGUGAGCGGCAUUGUAAUAACUGGCGAACACGUGAAAGUCUGACCCUCCGCCAUGGGAAUACACAUGAGCGAGUCGUCCGGGCUGCUCACGUCCUACACGUCCUACAACGGCAAGGCGGAGACCCCAGCCACGCUUGCUGAGUCCGCGGAUGGCUGCUUCAGGGACGACGAGAAAGAUGAGACGUGCAGUGUGGACAGCGAGAAGCGUGCACACAAAGGCCUCUCGGUGGGCCUCGCCACCAUGUUCCUCCUGGCCGAGAUGGCGGGCGCGGGUCUCCUGAACGUGCCCAAGGCGGUGGCCAACGUAGGGUGGGGGGGGUUGCCACUGAUAGUGUUGCUGUGCCUGGCGGUGGGGUUCGCGGGCACACGGCUGGGGCUGUGCUGGGUGCUGCUGGAGGAGCGCUGGCCGGAGUACCGCGCGCCCUGCCGUCGCCCCUACCCGGCCAUCGCACGCCGCGCCCUCGGCAAGGCGGGACAGAUAGUGGCCGAGGUGUCGAUGGAAGUCACACUAUUCGGGGCGGCCACAGUGUACCUCAUGGUCUCUUCCCAGAUUAUUAACGACCUCCUGGGUUCUUUGGUCCCCUCCUUAAGCCAGUGUUCGUGGACUCUCAUCCUGGGCGCGGUCCUGUGUCCCAGCACUUGGUUCAGCACCCCCAAAGAUUUCUGGGGGGCGCCGCUGUUCGCCAUGACCGCUACACUGCUUGCCUGCCUGGUGGUGGUGGUGGAGGUGGUGUUAGAGAAGGGAGAACAUGACCCGCCUGAAUUCCCUGCCCCGACUUUCAACUCCUUCUUCCUGGGAUUCAGUUCCAUCCUCUUCGCUCUCGGUGGCUCCUCUAUCUUCCCCACCAUACAGAACGACAUGAAGAACCGCGCCCAGUUCCCUGAGAGUGUCGUGAUAACUUUCCUCUCGCUCCUUGCCAUCUACCUGCCUCUCUGCGCCAUCUGCUACGGGAUUCUGGGCACCAACGGCACCCCUGAGAAUAUCAUAUCGGCAGUCAGCGGCCCGGCAGUGAAAGUGACGCAAGUGUUCCUCCUAUGCCACUUCCUCUUUGCCUUCUCCAUCGUCAUCAACCCCAUCAACCAGGCCAUUGAGAAUUACUUCAACGUGCCUAGCGACACCUUCAGCGUCAGGCGGGUGGUGGUGCGAAGCAGUAUCAUGGUGAUGGAGGUCCUCGUCGGCUUCACCAUUCCAGACUUUAGUAAGAUCUUGGACUUGAUCGGCGGCUCCACUGUUGCCCUCAUGUCCUUCGUGCUGCCGCCCAUCUGCUACCUGCGCCUCAGCGCUGUGUCAGGGGCCUCGACGGGCUGCCCUUAAGGGUGGUGCCCAAGUGGGAGUGGGUUGGCCCUGUGGGUGGUGGUGGUGGUCGGGGUGGUGGGCGGUGUGGGGUCCACCUGGUAGUGCCCUCUCCACCAUCAUCAGCGAGCAGUCCUUCGCCAGCAGCUGCUUCUCGGCGCAAACCUUCCUGUAGGCUUCGGCGGGGCGCCUCGCGCUCACCUGCGCCAUGCCGUGCUGUCCCUCCACGUCCCACAUUCUGAUCUCAGCAGAUGUGCGCGCAACACUCAGCGACCCCCAGUCUUGCACGUGAGGAGUGACUCACGGACUCCCUGACUGCAUCCACUUCAGAAACCAGACCGUGAAAUGAGGACACCUCGACCGUGUGUCCCAACGGCAACUUUGAUCACGCAUCACUAUUACUCCGUCAGUAAUAAAGUGUAUACAUAUGUAAAGAAUAACACACACACACACACACACACACACACACACACACACACACACACACACACACACACACACACACACACACACACACACACACACACACACA